GCUGGUCUUAAUAUACUUCUAUCUUGCUUCUAUCACUCGACACCGAACUUCAUGCUCAUUGUGAUCUGCCGCCAUCUUGAUCGAAAUACGUGCUCUCCAAGUGACAGUUGCAGGGCGGCAGGGACAAACUAGGAACCAAGGGUGGUCUCGCGCCCCUGCCGCCCCGUCACAAGGCCAAUUUAGAAAGUUGCCCCCGCUUUCUUACACACAUCACAAUUAAGGUGACAAUUAAGGGUCUUCCCCACUCUUACACCCUAGAUUGCCGCUGCGGCAGGGAUGUCAGUAGCCCGCUUUAUGUGGUUUAAGGGGAAGCGGCAAACCGAUUUUACUUAUAUCAGGUGGUCUAGUGUUGUACGGUGUUCAGAUAUAGUACCGGUUAAAAAGCAAGAAUUUUGUCUAUAGUCUUUUAUGAACGAUGUUGUUUCAUCUCUUUCUUGCUUCUCUGAGACUGCCAGACAAUCAAUGUUGGCCACAUUUUUAUUAGUGUUAAAUUCCAGGAGAUAACGACGCUAUAAUUUGUUCGACUAUCGACUGAGCUGACAUUUUGUUGAUUGGCACAAAAUGGGAAAGAAAAGAGGAAAAUCAAAGGGUUCCAAGCAAACAUCUGAAUCCGUGAAAAAAGAUGAGAACCAUUCUAUUUUGGGCAAUGAAAUCGAUGUGAUAGCUGCCGCUCUAAACAGCACAGCAUCUACACCGAAUCAAGUUAUAUUCUUAAAAGUUUGUAGACUUUGCGAGUCUAAAGAUGGGCCCUUUCUCAACAUAUUUGAUCAAGAUAAAGUAACAGCCAAAAAGAUUGAUGAAUUGAUGCCAUUUGGGAUUACUGAGAAUGAUGAUUUACCACACAAAAUCUGUUUUCGAUGUUCAGCGAAAGUGGAAGAAUUAUAUGAAUUCAUUCAAAAAUGUAUCAAAACACAAAAUAGCUUACGGCAUGCUAUGGGUAAAAAGGAACCCCUUGUAACUAAACCCAAAACCAGGGCUCUCUGGGAAGAAAAACUCAAUAAAUCCAAUAUGUCGAAUGAUGAUAUUUGUGAUGCAUUGAUUAAGAAAGCAAUGGAAGGAAUUAAGGACAUACCUUUAAAUGUAUUACCUUCUAAAGUAAAAGAACCUACACCAGUCAUCCCGAAAAAAGAGUCAAAGUUAUCAUCAAAUACCACAAUUGUUUCUAAAAAAGAGAUAAAAAACAAAAAAGAGGAUAUUGACAGUGAUGAUUCAGAAAAGCCUUUAAAAGACAGUACCUCCGUUGAAAAUAUAAAUGAAAGUAAAUUUGUUCCAACUAGAGCUUCGAGGUCGCAAAAUACCAGUGACAAUUUGCUGGAUGGAUUACAGGAUGUCAAGCGAAAAAAAAUGUCUAACAAACAAAAUGAUAAAAAACCAUCAGAAGAUUGCAAACCAACAGAUACUUCAGUUAGUAAAAGUAAAGGUAUAAAUGAUCUGAGCUUUGAUUAUGAUGAUUCUAGUUCAAAUAGUAAAAGUGAUUCUAGUGCUAAAUUAGCAAAGGUAGAACCACAAGCUCCUGAUGUUAAACCAUUUGAUAUAAUGGAUCAUGUAAGCAUGAUUAAAGUCAAUGGUGUGGGUGUUUUAUUCCAGUGUAAGUUGUGUAAUCGUAACUUUUUGAAAAAGGAGUUAGUGAUGUCUCAUGGUUGCGCAAAAACUGGUGUACCCAGAAUAGAUUUAACAAAAAAAUUUGUCCCACCUACACCACCCAAAGUUCCCGUGGUUAAAUAUAUAAAUACCAAAGUUGACAAUGACUCAAAUAAAUCACUGCCAGAAAAGAAAUCUGAAGCUGGAAAACAAGAAAUUGAAAUGAUCAAACCACCUCUAGAAACUAAGUCUAAACCUAAGAUAGGACCAGCAAGUAAAGUGAAACGUCAGGAUAGUGAACAUGAUUCAGUUAUAGGAAUGACAGUUGUUCCAAUGGAAGCUGAUCCCACAUCUAAGCCUAAACCUCCACCUCCACCUACUAGUAGUUCAAAUAAUUCAGCAGCAUCACCCCUUGUUCAAUUUCCGUCAAUUCCAAGUCUGAAUUCUCGUUAUAAACUAGUACCUGGCCCUAAUAAUACAUUCCAACUAGUAGAGGAGUCAUCAACAAAUCAAGAACCCAUUCAAGAAAUUGAAACAAGGAAACGUAAAAGUGACCCACCUAUUACUGUAGAAACAAAAUCUCGUAGACAAAAUUUGGAUAAUAAUAAAAAUAGACCAAAAUCACCUGAGGUAAUUGAGGUAGGCAUUCAAUCACCGGUAAAACCAGCAAAUGCGAACGCUCAACCAUAUCCAGUAGGAUUGUUUCAAACUCUACCACAUCAUUCAGGUAUGUUCACAACAGCUGUCACCCCUGAAACGCCUUUCACUACACCUGCUAUGAAAAAGCAAUCAUAUACAGUAGUGCAAACUGGUAAUCCAAGUAAAUUACUUAUAUCAACUAAGCCCCAAGCAGCUCCCGAGGAACCACCUCCUAAAAGGAAAUCAAAGAAAUCUAAACCAGAAGUCAAAUCAAAGGCUGAGGAUAAGCAACCCUUUUCGGUUACUUUAGAAGACACAACUCCCCCUAAAGAUGCAGGUUUUUUUACAUUUAUCAAUGUUGAUCCAUUGCUACAGCCAUCUUAUGUUUUACCAACUGAUAACAUAAUACAAGAAUCUCAGAUUUCAACUUCCACACCACUGGCUAAAACUACAACAGAUAAUAAAGAAAAAGACAAAUAUACAUGUAACAUGUGCACUGAAUCCUUUUCACGGGAAAAGAAAUUGUUAACACACAUUCAAUCGCAUUAUAACAAAAUGGAUGAAGAAGAUCAAAUGAGAGCAGAUAAGACCUCACGAAAAAGGGGUGGUAGGAAGCAUUAAAAGGUUCUGUUUUUAAUACAUAAGUAUGCAUUUACUGAUUAGUAAUGUAGUUAACAUUAUUAUAUGUCUAUGAAUAAUGUUCAGUUUGAACUAGUAUUAUACUACGUUAUAAAUGAUUCAUAUUUUUUUUUUCGAAAAUAUUGACAAGUACCUUCCUAUUUUGUUAUUUGUUGUAAUCUUUUUAUGUUUAAAAUUAUUUGAAGAUGCAAUUAUCUCUAUGUUCUUUGACCAGAUAUGUGUUCUAUUGGAACAUUAGACUUAAGUGAAAACAUUAGGUAACUUUGUAUUAAUUACAAUUUCUUUUAAGGUGCUAUGCUCUUAUUAUUUUUUCCUCUAUACAAUAAGUUACGGCCUAUUGACUUGUUUUAUUGUCACAAAGCCAAUCUCAAGAAUCAAUCAAUCAAUGUAAUUAUGAACUAGGUAUACCAUCUCAGUCCUGUUUUAUUCAUUGAAAGAUUUCUUUUUAUAUAAUUCUAGUAAAGC